AUAGAAAUUUUAACCAUCAAGAAAACAAAACGUAUUUGCUUUGUAAAAGUAUCACAACAAUGUCUUCAUCACAAUUUUUUAUACUUUGCAUCAUCCUCAUUUCUUCAUUUCCUCUUCAUGAAUGUGAAAAUGGAAAAAGUGUUGAAGCGAGCAAUGCAGCUAAAACACUUUGCAUGUCAGUGAAUUGCGAUAAUAAAGACAGAAAUCUCACUUGUGCUUGUUGUUUGGCCAAAUCCAAGAAUAGGUGUUAUAGUAGCAAAUCAGAAUGUGUUGCUGACUGCAAAGAUUGAAAGGCAUAACUUAAUAACAAGCUCCACUAAGGAAUUAAGAAACUUGAUUAGCGUUUAUAUAAUACUACUCUCUCUAGUUAUGGUUUCCAUAAUAUGAAUAAUACAGGCUUAUUUAAAGUCCAUGACUAAUACAGUUUAUUCUUAUUGUAAUUGUAUUAAGUGAAUUUCAAAUUAUACUUGUUUUAUUUUUUUCUUUUUCGUUUUCAUUUUGUUAUACUAGUCAUUUGUUCUAGAAUAUGUUGCGGUCAACGAGUUUUCAAGAAAUAAAGAAAG